AUGGGCCUCGUUCGACAAUUUGCCCGUCUAUUGUUUCCCUCCACAAUGAAUGCAACUCAGUCGGAAAUUCAGAUUCGUAAUUCCUAUUCCAGAAGCAAGCAUCUUUGUCAAGACAAGUACAUGGUAACUGACCAAUGCCUUGUUGUUGACAAUUAUGAUAAUGUUUUAACUACCGCUUCUAAAAAGGAAUGUCAUUACAAAGGUGGCUUGCUUCACCGUGCUUUUAGUUUGUUCUUGUUCCGCGAAACUCAACCCUCAUCUGGCUCAUUGGAACUCCUGAUGCAGCAACGUUCUGCUUCAAAGAUUACGUUUCCUUUAUUGUGGACGAAUAGUUGUUGCAGUCACCCCUGUCUUAAUUAUGCAGGUGAAACUAAUGAAACUGGCGCUGUUGGCGUCAAGCUUGCGGCACGCCGUAAGGUCGCACAUGAACUUGGGAUUGACAUUAACAAGUGCUUGGCUGUUGACGACAUACACUUCUUGACUCGAAUAAUUUAUUCGGCCCCCAAUGAACCCGUAGAUGGCAUCUGGUGUGAACGGGAGAUCGACUACCUUCUGGUCAGCAUUCUUCCAUCUAGCAUUUUGGCUGAUUCUUCUUUUCUGGCCCCCAACCCCGACGAAGUCGCUGCGACGUCAUGGCUAGGUAUCGGGCCGCUUGAGUCAAUGACGCUUGGUGGAGCUGGAACUCCUAUCCGGCGAGGUGUAUCUCUGAUCAGUAGUUCGGCAGCAGUCGACAAUGGGAACAACCAGGAUGGCAGUGAAUCAGAUCUUUUGAAUGAACUUUACAAUCGUUUGGACCAUCUUCAACCCAUUAUUCCAGAUCGUGUUUCCACUCUCCUACUGGAAUCUGCAGGCGUUCGCUUGGAGGCCGGCGAAGGAGACGUGCGAUUGGCGCGUUUGGUCAGCCUAGCCGGACAAAAGUUCCUCUCUGAGAUCCUGACCGACACCAUGGUGCAUUGGAAGCUUUCCAACUCCCAGACCACGGGUCUUCUUGCCAAACCCAGCACCUCCUCUGCCCCCACCUCUUCCGCCAAAGAUCCUCCGUCCACCCAGACGCCCGCCGAAGACGUGAAACCUGACAUCUCUUCACUAGGUUUGUCUACGAGCACGUCAUUUAAAGACUCGCGUGUCUUAACUCUCGGACCACAGUUGCGUAGACCAGAUUUUGUCGACUUGUCCACUGUUCACAGGGCAUCCAUGGUGAAAUGUGUUGUCUUGUUUCCAGCACAGCCGAAAGCGGCGCCAACGUCGAAACCGGAGAAGGUGGAUAAACGCGUCACCUUGACGGUCGAGGACCUCAUGGCAGCCCUUAGAGACCGCGGCAUCCACGUUGCACGGCCGCCUUACUACAAGUGA